UUAUUAUGAUGUUGCGUUUCACGCAUGACUUUGAAGAUGAGGAGAGUGAUGAAGAAUACGAAGAUGAUGAAUUACGGAGAUUGUUGAGACUAAUACUUAUAAUUAUUAUUCAGAUCGUGUGA